GUCAAAACGUUGGGCUAGAUAAAAUUUCAUUCCAUAAUUGCCCUUUAAAGCCGUGGUGUGAUUUUUUGAACUUUUAGAUUAACUAGAGGUUUAUGCUUGCACAUGCAUUUCAAAAAUUGGCCUGGCUAUUUUUGGUUUAUCAGAACUUGGCAGACUGCGACGAUUUUCUUCAGUUUUAUAGGCCCAAAUCUGAUCUACCACAGGAACUAAAUGAAUUUUUGGCAAGUGUGCAACAACAUAAACAAGAUUUCGCCUACAUUAAAGACUAUGCCAAAAAACAAAAGGCGUACGAUGACCAUUUAAAAGAAACACAUAGUUUAUUUGACGAAGACGUGGGCUACGGUGAAAGUGCUCUGGAAGACGGAAAAAAAUCACACGGGUAUUCCAGCUUGGAUGAUGUGCCUAAUAACGACAUUUACCCUUUUAUGUAUCAGACAAACAUGGAAAAUAAAUAUCCUAACGAACGGUAUAGCAAAUAUUUACACAGUCCGAUUCGGUUACGAAGAGAUGUGGAAUCCAACUACGCAAAUAACGGGUUAGGUGGACGAUUAAAACGCAACUCGGAAACAUUGAAAACGGAGAAAAACGAUUAUUUAAAAAAUAGUAAAAGAGGCGUGCAAAUUAAUAUCAAAGAUUAUGGACAGAAGUUGGACAAAACGGACGAGGAUUACAGCGAUCCGAAAUCGGUUGUUCUAAAUAUUGAGCCCGUCGGAUCAUCGGAUGCCAAGAACUCUUUUUCCGCCGGUGCCGCAACCGACGAAGAAAAACAAAUGGGUCCCAAUUUUGCCAUCUCCGUUGCCAAUAUGGCGCAAAAACACACCGAUCGUGAAGAAUCUAACAAACUGUCUCAACGUAUAAACAAUGUCGCACGUCAGCCUGAAGUAUAUCGUGGUGAUAGGAAUAGCAAUCAUCAAAACAGACGUUAUCAGGUCGGAAAUGACAAAGCCGAUUAUGAUAAAGUAGAAGGUGUAAUACUGGAUGGCGCAAACAAAGGAACCGCGAAAGAAACCGUAAACGAUAACAAAAUAUCUAACAAAAGGCAACUCGACUUGAAGCAACAUGAAAACGACGGUCUAGCAUUCCUCAACUUGCAACCACUUGAUGCCACGACCAUUUCGUUUGAACAGGUGGAGCCCGCGGACCAUUUAGUUUUUAAUUUAGGAGACGAUUCGGAUCAGCGCAAUAAAUACGUGGAACCCUCUAAUCAAAAUGAGGAGGAGACUCGAUUAAAAUCAAAUGACUUGGAGAAGAAUACGUUUCAAAGCAUGCAAGCUGUAGAAUAUAGUAAAGAUGGCAAUAGAGAAUUAAGCGAUGACCUCGAGGAAGAGCGUGAUGACGAUACAUACGUCAUUGCCUACGAUGACGAAAAUGAUUUCGAAGAAGUUGAAAUAAAACCAAGUCGCUUCGUCGAAUUAGGUCAUAAUUCAAAAAAUAACUUAUUCGACACAUACGAAAACAGUCGAUGGAAUAACGUACGCAAUAAAUUCAAGAUGGAGCAGAGAGCUGACCGCAGAAACAAUCUGUACGGCAAAGUCAGGGACCUCCCAACUCAAAGACGCGUGGUUUUAAAUCGUCCGCUUGCGUUUAACGAAUUGAACGAUUUAAUUGCUAAUCCGCAGGCGAAUAGAGAACCCAGGCGAGGAGCGCACGUUCGAAAAGGCAAGAAAAAAUCCGAACACCGUCACUCGAAAAAAAAAACGCGUAAGGGUAAAAGGAGGAAACAGAAAUGCUAUGCGAGUGAGGAUGAUGCGAUUUUAGACGAUUUUAUCCCAGCUUUCCAUAAAAGAAGCCUGAAAGCGGUCGAGUCGAUGUACGACGCUUAUUUGGGGGAUUUUGGGGAGCAAGACGCAAUAGAGAAUAUAGACCACGCGGAAUUUGAUCAAAAGUUAAACGCCGAUGUUGAAGGUGAAAUCGAAAAUGAACUUGAAUUCCCGUCAGAAUACGAAAUCGACGACGAUGAUAAAGAUUACAAUUAUGCUGUAGUCAAGUCGAUGGAAUUCCCAGAUGCAAAUUCGUUGCAUAACAAUGACCAGGAACCAGGAUUGUCAGAUGUUGUCAAUGUUGAUAGGAGAACUAAGAAGAAAGAAACAGCAAAAGGAACUACCAAGAAACCUACCAAAAAAACUAAAAGACCAGUAACAGAUAAAAAGAAAAAUGAAUAUCGCAAUUCGCAAUCCGAUCGCAAUCCGAUCCCGUCGGAUAUAUUUUCAGAAGAUGGACAUCAGGGAUUGUCAAGCGUUACUCAUAUUCGUGGCAGAACCAUGAAGAAAAGUAAACCAAAACCGAAAAAAGUAUUAAAGGCAACAACUACUGAAGCAAAACGCACCAAAUCGCUAACAGAUGAAGAAAAACAGGCGCUGUUGCUAAAAUUUAAUAACGGAUUCCAGCGAUGGCCCCGAUUUGUACUCGAAGACAAAAAGUACAAGAAACGUCUCGGAAGUUUGUCGCCGAACGAACGUUUUGCCAACUUGUAUAUACCACAAAAAGACAAUUAUUUUGUAAGGAGUCCAACUAGUGAUAGAAUUAAAAGGGUUACUAAUGAAAAGCAAGAAACAAUCGCUGGACGAAAAUCCGCAAAACAAUUCGCUCAUGAAAUGGAUUCAGCUGAAGUUGAACAGGAACCCGUAGUGAAUAAACGAGAGGAUACAAAAAAUAUAACUCGGGCAGAUCAACGCUUGCAAACAACGACAAGAACUGUCUUCGAUUUGAAUAUUCGCGAGAAUGUCACCAUAGAUCCCAUGAUCCUUGCCACAGCGACUUUCCCAAAUGUUGUUCAAGAAGUGCUGAAUAAUGUUAACGAUGACGUUUUGGACCAAAAAACAAGAGCAGAAGUUGAUGUGGUAGAGAGUGCUUCAACUUCUCAGCUUUUGGCAACGAGUGCGGCAGCCCCUUUUCGAUUCCCUACUGAUUCGCAAUAUGAUGAAGAAGAAGGAUGCGUUACGUACCGUCCCGUACGCGUAACCUCUAUUUGCCAGGAUCCGUUACCAGGCCAAAGCCCCAGCACCGUAACCACAAUGUUGGCACUCGUGAAUGAGAGUAGCUAUUCGGUCAAUCAGACCAAGGCCGAAUAUCUGGAUUUGAACGAUAUUCUCGGAGGAAAUUUACCGAAACAAAUUGUUAAUGAAAUAUGGUCCGAAGCCCGACGUUCCAUCAGGAAAGGUUUAAGGGCCGGCCCUUUUAAUUUAAAUUUGGAACUAUCGAACUACAACAGCAGCGCGGAAACAAGUCAGAUUUUAAACGAGAUGACGAAAUUAAUAUUUCAACUUCAACGCAGCACGUCGUGCCAACAAUUGCCCGUCAGCUUAAAGAACUACAUUUCAGAGAUUACAGGAAACCCUAAAGACGAUAUUUUGAAUAAAUUAAAGGAGAUGAACGACAUCGAUUUUGACGAUUACCAAGGGGCAUAUAUGUUCCACGCAGAUCAGAGCGACAAACUUGAAGGCAAGGUUGAAGUUUUAAAGAGUUUACUGAACAGAUAUAAUAACUUGCCUGCUGACUGCAAAGAGAGGGCAGAGCCAGUUAAAGAGUAUAUUGAAAAACAUCUAGGAAUGGUGAACACUAUGCUCGAGAAUGGCAAGAAUGGCAACUCAAGUGAAAAACAACACAAAUCGAAAAAAUUGCGGGACGUGAAUCGUAGACGCAAAAAAUUUGAAGGAAAACACAGUAAAACGUUUAAAGAAGAUGAUUUUCUCCGAGAGAAAUUGAUAAAAAAGCAGUUAGAAGAAGUUGGUUUGGGAGAAAAUCAACGAUUUUCUCCAAUGUUUAGUAUCGAUGAGUUAGUAGAGAACAAUAAAAACAAAAGCAAACCCAGAGCGAGGGCUUCAAAGAAACGGGUUGGCAAAAGACAGAUCAACACUUCAACAUCCACACAAUAUGGAAAAUUGGCAGAUGCAGUACGACAAUUAAACAACAAAAGAGAAAAACAACAAAGAAUUCAGGCAAUGUACGGAAGAAAAGAUAACGUUGACGACGAAGAUCACAAUGAGGAGAAAGCAGGGUUUGAUUCCGCUAUGGCAUGCAGCAGAAACCCUGAGACCUCGAAAACAAAAAGAAUAUUAGAGACCACGGAAAUGAAAACUGUUCGAAGAAUAGCGGAAAAAAUUCUCAUGGAUAAGGAAAGAAAUGAAGAUAUUAGGCAAGUGUUCAGGGUAGAUAACAUCAAUGACUGGGUAUUGCAUAUAAAGAUAAAAUGGAAUGAACACAUUGAUCGUAUGGCAGAAGAACGAAUAGUGACGAAGGAGCCAUAG